CUCUUUCUCUAUAUGUGUGUGUGUGUGGUAUUAUUAGUGCAACAUGGGCUCUGAUGUGCAGUGGUAUUUCGAUAGAUUGGUCUGUUUGGUUGCUGACAAAGUGUGUAGGUUUGUCGUCUUUGAGAAUGUGUUGCUUCAUAAUUUGUAGAUACUCUCCACCGUGCGAAACUUGUGUGUAUGCUUCAUAAUCUUAGGUGUAGCUGAACUUUUCGAUUGGAAAUUAAUAGAAGAAGAAAACCUUGCCAAGUGAGCAGACCAUGCCCAGUCAAGCUUUUCUUACUGUACAGAUCAAUAUACAGUUUAUUAACCUCCCAAAUGAGAAUGGAUGGAAUAAUUAUAGUUUAAAAAUGAGGGGAAGUUUUCAUGAGUUCUUGACAAAUUAAAAGAGAUUUCGGCAAAACACCGUUGGGCUCAAGCAAGCGGUGGAGUAUAUAUGAUGUUGAGAAUGCAAAUUUUAUGGCUUUUUACUUGGCAGAUUCUUUGCUCUUAGAUUUCGUCUAUUCCUCUUUAUCUUUCAUUUCUGAACUUACCCAGAGUCAAGGAUUGAUGACAGAACCCGUGAAAUAAGAAGCAAGGAUGAGAAAAUUAGACAGAUGGAGAUGAUCAUUCAUGAGAAAUCCAAAAGCAUUGAUUCAUUAAUGAGUGAGAUAGAAUCACUCCAGCCAAAAGGAGUCAUAGAUGUCAAAGAACAGUCAAGUAAAUCAUAUGCUCGGAUCGGUGAACUUGAGAAGCAGGUUGACAAACUUAGAAAGGAAUUAGAAUCACAAAGUCAGGAAAAAGAUUCUGUUGAAAUCCGAGCAUAUGUAGCUGAGAAAAAAUACAAAGAGCUUAGUUUGAAAUUAGAAACUGUUCAGGUUCAUGGAGAAUGGUUUCCACACUGGCUUACAGUUUAUUUUUCUAAUUUUCAGUACCAUGUGGUGACUCACUGGGAUGAACACGGAAGACAAGCCUUGGACAUGACAGUUCAGAAGGUGCUAGAAAAGAAAUCUCAAUUUGACAAGUGGGCCGAGCACCACACUGAAACAAUUUAUAAUAAAUGGAUCCCCAUGUUCAAGGACUGGUUGUUGAACUGUAUAAGCUAUCUUUGGGAAUGCAUUCCACCUCAAACUACCAAGUGUGAUGAGCUCUUCCAUGCAUGGAAGAAGACUGCAUUACACCAUGCUAUCAACAGAAAAUGGAUCCCCAUGUUCAAGGACUGGUCGUUGAACUGUAUAAGCUAUCUUUGGGAAUGCAUUCCACCACAAACUACCAAGUGUGAUGAGCUCUUCCAUGCAUGGAAGAAGACUGCAUUACACCAUGCUAUCAACGUACAAGAAAUGGCUGGUCCUUACUUGAAAGAAGCAAGGAAGUUUACUCAGCCAUGCAUCAACCAGGUUGCAAAAAUGACAAGAUCCUUAGUUAAAAGGGUGGUGGCAGCAAUAAGGACGAUGAUAGGGUUGAUGGUGAAGUGGUGGUAGGGCAGGAGUAGAGCAAUGUUAUUAGAAAUAAUUGAAUGAUAUUGUUUAUUAAUUUUUGUAAAAUAUUUUAUGGUUUUAUGCAUUUAAAAAUAUUUUUUAAUAAAUUAAUUAAGUUUACAGUUUGAUUGUAA